CAUUUCAUAGCGCGGUUAUGCUUCUUUCAGCCGCGAGUUCCAGUGGCUCGAUCGCCGGGGAACCGCCGCAGAAGAAAUUAAGUAAUCCGGAGCCGUCGUCGCUGUCACUACUUCCAGAUGAAAUCGCUCUGAAUUGCUUGGCGCGCGUGCCGAGAUGUUACUACCCUGCGAUUUCAAUCGUCUCCAGGACCUUGAGGCGUCUCAUCGCUUCGUCGGAGUUCUACGUCGAACGGUCAGUACUUAGCCGCACAGAACAGGUCCUUUAUGUUUCACUUAGAUCUCUCGCUAGAACCCCUCGAUGGUACACUUUCAAUCAGAAACCUUUCGGAAAUGAGUCUGAAGCGGCAGGAAUUAGUCAUAAACUGGUUCCGAUUCCGUCAUUUCCUUUGAUUCCUUACUGGGGAAUGUCGACCGUCGCUGUUGGUUCUGAAAUCUACGUCCUUGGUGGAUGCGUCAACAACAAUUUGGUCUCCACUGUGUUUGUCGUCGAAUGUCCAUCUCACACGUGCCGCUUCCUCCCGAGCAUGAGGCAGGCGCGUGGCUGCGCCGCCGCGGAAUUCGUCGACGGGAAAUUAUAUGUAAUCGGAGGUUGUAAUCCUCUGUCUUUGAAUUGGGUGGAGGCCUUUGACCUCAAGACUCAAACUUGGGAGUCUGUUAUGGGCCUGUAUAUUGUGGAGGUGCACGAGAAAACGAUCAGAAGCUUUGUGAUAGAUGGUAAGAUUUACAUCAUGGAUCGGAAGAGUAGCUUUGUUUACGAUCCUAAGCAAGGGAGAUUGGAGAGUGACCUGUUGUUGGAUACACAAUGGAGUGUGGGCUCUUGCGUCAUUGAUAACAAGUUGUACACUUUCGGUAGGAAGAAUUAAAUAUGGGUGUUUGAUCCAAUCGCCAGGGUUUGGGAUCUCGUCAAGGGUCUCAAUGAUCUUCAUGAGAAGCGCGAUGGUUCUAGAAUGGCGAACCGUGGUGGAAAUCUUGCAAUUUUGUUUAACCUUAAAAAGUGUUCUACAGAAAUUUGGUGUACAGAGAUUGGUUUGGAAAGGAGAGACGGAGGAGAGAUUUGGGGGACGAUCUUGUGGUCUAAUCUUGUGCUUGCUUUGAAAGAUCCCUCCACCAUUGUACAAUCUCUAGCUGUAACAGUUUGAUGACCCAUGAGAUGGAUUCUUGCGCUUGUUUAUUUGUUGUACAACUCUAUGUAUGUGAUUUUGUUGUUUAAUGAAUUCGGUA